AUGAGUUUUCAAGACUUGCAAAUCGAUCAAUGGCUAAAAGAUGCGGUUCACGCUCGUGGGUUCACUAAAAUGACACCUGUUCAAACGAAUACUAUUCCUCUUUUCUUGAAAAACAAAGACGUUGUCGUGGAAGCUGUCACCGGUUCAGGAAAGACGUUGGCUUAUUUAUUGCCUGCUAUUGAUAAAAUUUUAAAAAGAGAUUCCGAUGAGCAUGGUUUGGGUGCCCUCAUAGUCGCACCUACUCGUGAGCUGGCAAAUCAAAUCUUUCAUGUUACUGAAGAAUUGUUAGCAUAUCAACCAGAAGAGCUUGCACAACAGAAAUCACUUGUUCCUGACAUGUAUAUUGGUGGAAAAAAUACAUUAUCAAACGAUAUGGCUUCUUUUCGAGAAAAAAAUCCUACCAUUGUCAUUGGAACGCCGGGGAGGUUGAACGAAAUGCUGGGGAAAAUUUCCAGUAAAAAUUUACAGAUUUUAAUAUUGGACGAAGCAGAUACCCUUAUUGAUAUGGGCUUUCAGAAAACUUUACAAUCGAUUAUCUCACAAAUUCCCAAGCAACGACGUACAGGGCUUUUCAGUGCUACUAUGAACGAUACUGUUUCCUCUUUUUUGAAGGUCGCUGGGCUUCGAAAUAGUGUUCGUGUUUCUGUCACGGUUACUCUUAAGAAAGAGGAUACCAGAGCACCAUCUUCGCUGUCGAUUCAAUCCUGUGUCUUACCCCCCAUGUACAAGAUCCAGGGAAUGCUAAAUAUGCUUCAAAAUAAAGAGUAUGACAAAGCUAUCGUCUUUUUUCUGUCUUGUGCAAGUGUUGAAUAUUUUCAUUCCUUGUUGUCUCAAAUGAAGUUACCAUAUGAAAUUAUCGCUUUGCAUGGCAAACAGGCCCAGUCCAAUCGAAGCAGAAACUAUGAAAAGUUUGUAAAUAAUAAUACAAAAUCUGUUUUACUUACAACGGAUGUCGCUUCUCGUGGUCUGGAUAUCCCAAACGUGGAUUUAGUGCUUCAGCUGGAUCCUCCAUUGGAUCCUAAAUCUUUUUCACACCGAUGCGGUCGGGCAGGACGUGCCGGACGUUUUGGUUUAGCUCUUGUUUUUCUGAAUGAAGGUAGGGAAGAAGAUUAUGAAGAGUUGCUGAGGGUACGUAAAGUACCAAUUCAGCGUAUAGAUACACCUGAAUCACUGAUGGAUCGAAGCCAUCUCGACGAACUAACUAAGUACCUUAGAGACAUAGUUAGAAGGGAUCGAAAUAUUUAUGAAAAAGGACUAAGAGGAUUUGUAUCCCAUGUACGUGCAUAUACCAAGCAUCAAGCAUCUUUUAUAUUCCGUAUAAAAGACUUGGAUUUACAUCAACUAGGAACGGCUUAUGCCUUAUUACACUUACCUAAGAUGCCAGAGCUGAAAGAUGCUCCAGCUGCUAACGAUGUAUUUCAGCCUUUGGAUAUUGAUACCCGAACAAUAGCUUUUCUUGACCCAUCUCGCGAACAAGCUCGUCAACGGAAAAUGGAGGAACAAGGCAAUCAGCCAGAAAAACCUAAAAUAGAAAAAAAGCCGAAAGCUGAAGCUUGGUCGAAACAAAAAGAUAUGAAAGAGAAGCGUGUUGUACGUCGUGAAAAAAGGAAGUCAAGACGUGAGUUUGACAAAACACAAAAAAGGCGUAAAGCAGAAGAGGAAAAUCAAGCGUCUCAACAGCAUAGCUCAUCCAACAGAAAGGAAGGUAGUCAAGUAGAUGAUGUUUCUGACGAGGAAAAUCUUUCGGAAUUGGAAGAUGAUUAUCGUGCUCUACAAAAGGAAAAGAAAGGAGGAAAAGGCUCUGCCUCUAUAACAUUUGAUGGCUUAUAA